AUGCCGAGCGCGGGAUCGCACCGGGCAGAGACGGGAAGCAAGGGCGCAACGAGCUCCCCCUGCAGCGCGCACCCUCCAGGACCCCCGGGCGAGGGCCGGACGUCCACCCCACAAGUGGCCGCCUCCGAAGCCAGCCCGACUUCGUGCCCCAACUCGGAAAGCAGCCCCCAAGAGUGUGCAGGGGACACCCGAGGACCCCGCGGCACAGUCUGCAGGCGCACGUCGCGCCGGGAGGAGGCCCCGGGCCGGAGUUCGGGAGCAGCCAGGCCCGGGGACCCCGCCAAAGUUACCCCAGCCCCCAAAGACGAGCGGCGCUCGGAGGCGUCAGGACCGGGAGCGGGACCCUCGGCGCCCCCGCCGCCCCCGGCCGGCGCUCGGCACGCUGGAGUCCGAGUGCCCGGCUCGCCCCGGCCGCCGCCGAGCGCCCCUCCUCGCCGAGCCCUCGGCCGGCAGCGGCCCCGGGAGCCCCCCGGGAAGCGGCGGCCCGAUCAGCUGAGAGCGGCCGGGCCGAGGCUCCCCGCGCCGCCACGGGCCCCCCGGAACGCCCCGGGGAGCGCAGAGGGCGAGCCGCGGCCGGGCCGGGGGGAAGCCCGGGCUCCCCUGGCGUCGCCCCCUCAGCCGGGGGGCUCCGCGCUGCGGGACGAGCACCCCCGGCUGCUCCGCCAGUCGCAGAGGAGGGGAUUCCGGAGGAUGGGCCCCCUUGGCGUGGCCCCCCUUUCCUCCGGGAGCGCCCCCUGCCCAGGAGAGAUGAGAGCGGCGACGGGCCUAGCCGCCAAGAAGGUGCUCUCAGAGCCGCCGCCGCCGCCGCCGCCGCCGCUGCCGGGGAGGGGCCGCUUUACCGCUCUCUCUCCCCGGGCGCGCACGGGAACGCGCACGCGUCACUCCCCGCCCCCCGCCCCCGAACGCGGACCCUCCGCCGGCGCGCGCACGCGCGGACGUGUCGCCCUCGAAUCGCCCGCGCCCCGCGACGCCGACGCGUCAGCCCUCCCGCCCUCCCGCCGGCCUCCAGGCAAGGGCUCGGGCCGGGCCGGCGCGUCGCGCCUGCGCGCUGCGCACGAUCCUCCUCCUCCUCCGCGCGCCCUUCCCCCUCCGCAGCCUGCCCAGCGCGCCGUGCGCGCGCCUGCUCCGGGCGCCCUCCCCCACCGCUCCUGGGAGGGCGCUGACACCCUCCCCGCCCGCUCCCGUACCCCAACCCCCCCACAAACAAAAGCAACCACCGCCCCCGUACGCACACCCCCCACACACGGGCAGGAAGGCAAAAGCGCCCCAUUCCCCUUCAACCGCCCUGGGCCCCAGGCGGCCCGUCAACCUGAGGGCCAUGGCGGCCUGCAUCAGGACAGCCGUUGCCCACCUCAGCGCCGGGGGCGCCGCGUCCUCCUCGUCCUCCUCGUCCUCCUCCCCCGUGAGGUCACGCCGCCGGGCCAGGCCGGCCUGACCUGGGCGCCCCAUUCGCGUGUGCCCCCUUGGCGAGGGGGCGCGGAGAAGGGCGCGUUGCCGCCGGCCGCCCGCCCCUCGCGCGCCGGCCCACCGGCCGAGGCCCGCAUGCCCGCCAUCCCCCGGGCAGGCCCGGGUGCCCCUGCCGCGGGAGGGCUCGGCCGCCCUCGGUUCCGGGGCCGUGGGGGAGCCCCUCGGUGCAGCGGCCUGGCCCCCGCCUCACCCGCUCCUCGCCGCUCCGAAGGGGCAGGACUCGGGAGAAGCAUGUCUGGUCGUGGGCUCGGCUCCCCCGGGAGGGGGGCAAGCUCCAGGCGCUGGACCAGGGCGUCCACAGGUGCAAGCACGCCAGUGGUCUUCGCGACGGCCCCGGGGAGGCGGGGGGCGGCGGCGGCAGCCAGCGCGCCCCACGGCGAGCCGGAGGCGCCCAGUGAGGUGGCCCAGGAAGCCCCCAGCUCCUCGGCCAUGCUCAGGUUUCCGCAGCGCCGGUGCCCCCGGCGGGCCCGGGUGGGACGUGACCCCGCCCCCGGCGAGUCGGGGCGCCCCCCACGGAGGGGUGCGCAGGGCCGGCGCCCCUCUUCUUCACCCCAGGCCGACCCUGCCGCCCUGGCCUGUGGGCUGGCGCGGGAGGCCCGGCGGGGAAAGAUGUCUCCUCUCGGUGCGCGCAGCUUCGCGCGAGGGUCAGCGAUGGGGCAGCAAGCGGCCCGAGGCGCGCCAGCCCUGCCCACGGACGGCUCCCGGGGCUCGAUCGCUGCCCGACGGGGUCAGCAGGCUGCGGACGUCGACGGAGCCCGGCCGGAGGUCUCAGCAUUGCCAUGCGUGGAGCCCAGCCGCGAUCCGGGCAUUUCCCCCAGCCAAUCUCGUGCUUUGGGGCCCGUUUAA